GGUGGGGUGCUCUGAUUCAAAAGACGACUUGAGGACGAGAAGGAAAGCUGACUCGAAUGUGUGUGCGUGUGUGUGCGUGUGUGUGAAUCCAAGCCUGUCAAUCACCGGAACCGUGUAGUGGAUCUUGUAAAUUGGAUUGCUCGCGUGCGGGCUGAGGAUGCUGCGUUUGAGGACUCCGUCAAAGUGAAGAGUUCUUUGCAUUCGCUUGAGAUGGGCGCGCGUCUUUGGACCGCUGCUUGUGCGCGGAUGCUGCGAGUGAGCGUGGAGGUGGAGAAGGUGGUGGAGGUGCUGGUGGUGUGCACAGCGUGGACGAGCGCCGAGUCUUGUUGUUUUCUUGUCUCGCACGGAUGAAAACCACAGCUCUUUCUUUGGAAAGUUUUUGGAUGGAGCGGUGCAGUGUGUGUGUGUGUGUGUGUGUGUGUGUGUGUGUGUGUGCGCGCGCGCGUGUGUAUGAGUUAAUUGUGGCUUCAUUAUGAGGCUGUGUGAUGUGAUGUGUGCAUCCACACCGGGGAGGCAUGCUCAGGCUGGAGGGGGAAGCAUCCAGCACAAGCAUUCCCGGGGACCACAGGUGUUCCUUUUGUAAACAGUGACUCCAAAUCCCAAAAUGCCGCAGUGUGGAUAGAGAGGAUUCCCAGUGGGACCCCCCCGACCUGAGUCUACCUCCCCAGCCCUCGUGUCCCUCUCCGCAUCGUUCCUCCCCCACCCACACCCCUUAUCCAGCUUUUGCUCCCUCGCUUCUCCUCCAACUUCUCCGACUUCCUCCAAAAUCCUGCUCCUCCCCAACCACCCACCCUCCACCACUUCCUCCCCCCCCACAGCACACAUGCAGGCCAAGAAGCGGUACCUGCUCGUGUCUGUGGGGGUCGCGCUUCUCUUCCUCGUCUACCAGUGGGCUCUGCAAAUUGCCGAUUUGGAGCAGCAGCAGCAGCAGUUUGAGCGCCGCCAGUUUCCCCAGUACCCCGACUAUCAUCACCAGUAUCAGAGCCCACCCAGACCCAGGCACUGGCCUGAGUUGACCCAACUGCUGGGACCCUACCUGGAGGGGGGGGAGCAGGAGGAGGACAGUCCCCGGGUCCACCACCAGCACAGCUCGCCCAGAGAGCGGCGCUCGAUCCGAGACAACCUGUACAAGAACAAGCGCUGCCGCAUGGUAACCUGCUUCGACUUCGCCCGCUGCCAGCCGGACUUCGGAGUCUACAUUUACCCGCUGCAGAGGGGGGACGAGAUCUCUGCCACCUACCGCAAGAUCCUGUCCUCUAUUGAGGAGUCUCGCUUCCACACCACGGACCCCCUGAAGGCCUGCCUGUUUAUUCUUGCUGUGGACACCUUGGACAGGGACCGUCUGUCGGCCCAAUAUGUCCAAAACGUGAGGGCCCGCAUCCAGAACCUUCCGACAUGGAACGACGGCAGGAACCACCUGAUAUUUAACCUCUACUCCGGCACCUGGCCGGACUACACGGACGAUCUGGGCUUUGAGGUGGGCCAGGCCAUGUUGGCGAAGGCCAGCGCCGACGUGGCCAACUUCCGACCCAACUUUGAUAUUUCCAUCCCCUUGUUCUCCAAAGACCACCCACUCAAAGCAGGGGGCACUGAUCCAAUGGUGGCCCACACUGCACCCUCCUCCAGGCGGUACCUUCUGGUUUUCAAAGGGAAGCGCUACCUGACGGGGAUUGGCUCCGAGACAAGGAACGCUUUGUAUCACAUCCACAACGGGGAUGAUAUUAUCCUGUUGACCACGUGUAAGCACGGCAAGGACUGGGAGAAGCACAAGGACUCACGCUGCGAUCGGGACAAUGAAGAAUACUCAAAGUUCGACUACCAGGAGCUGCUCCACAACUCCACCUUCUGCUUGGUGCCGCGGGGCCGACGUCUGGGCUCCUUCCGCUUUCUGGAGGCGCUGCAGGCGGCGUGCGUUCCCGUCAUCCUGAGCAACGGCUGGGAGCUCCCCUUCUCCGAGGUCAUCGACUGGAGGAAAGCCGCCAUCGUGGGCGACGAGAGGCUGCUGCUGCAGGUUCCAUCCGUUACCCGUUCCGUAGGCCGUGACAGGAUCCUGGUUCUACGCCAGCAGACCCAGUUCCUCUGGGACGCCUACUUCUCCUCCGUAGCCAAGAUCGUCUUAACCACUCUGGAGAUAAUCCGUGACCGUGUGGACUGGCACGUCUCCAGAAAUCGGCUGAUGUGGAACUCCCUGCCCGGUGGUCUCUAUGCACUCCCUCAGUACUCCACUGACCCCGCACACUUCCCCUUUUACUACGCCAGCCUGGGUAAAAGCCCACUGCCGCAGUUCACCGCCGUGAUCCACAGCGUCAGUCCUCUGCAGUCCCACAUGUCCCCUGUGGUGAAGCUCAUCAUCGCUGUAGCCAAGUCCAAGUUCUGUGCACAGAUUGUGGUUUUAUGGAACAGCGACAAGCCUUUACCUCCCAGGAACAAGUGGCCCUCCACCAGCGUGCCUCUCACGGUCAUCCAAGGACAGAGCAAGACCAUGAGCAGUCGAUUUUCCCCCCACGACGUCAUCCUCACAGACGCCGUCCUCAGUCUAGAUGAAGACUCGGUUCUCUCGACCAAUGAGGUGGAUUUUGCCUUUAUCGUGUGGCAGAGUUUCCCGGAGCGCAUCGUGGGCUACCCCGCCAGGAGCCACUACUGGGACAGCGCCAGGUCCUGCUGGGGCUACACCUCCAAGUGGACCAACGACUACUCCAUGGUGCUGACGGGGGCCGCUUUCUACCACAGGUACUACCACUACCUGUUCAGCCACUACGUCCCCGCUAGCCUGCUCGCCAUGGUGGACCGCAUGGUCAACUGCGAGGACAUCCUGAUGAACUUCCUGGUGUCGGCCGUCAGCAAGCAGGCGCCCAUCAAGGUGACGCAGAAGAAGCAGUACAAGGAGACCAUGAUGGCGCAGGGCUCCAAGGCGUCCCGCUGGGCCGAUCCGGACCACUUUGCCCAGCGCCAGACGUGCAUGAACGCUUUCAGCCGCUGGCUGGGCUUCAUGCCUCUGCUGCACUCGCAGAUGAGACUGGACCCGCUGCUGUUCCGGGACCAGGUUUCCAUCCUGAGGAAGAAGUACCGGGACAUUGAGAGGCUGUGAACGCAACACCGGUGCCGGCCGUGUGUGAGCGUGCGCCCCCUCUGGACGCCCGUAGGUGAAGGACGGUGGACGUGAGGUACGCUCACACUGCCACACCACGAGAUGGACACGCGUCCCACUCACAUCAACACAUGGAACACACGGCAGAGACUUGCACUGCAUGCACACAACCUUUCCCUGGACUGGACCGGACUGGACUGGACUGGACUGGACCGUCCAUCUUGUGUACUAUUGUAGAUUUGCAGCCUCACUUCCUGUCUGUAUGAAGCAAAGGAGAAAUAAAAGCAAGUUAUGCUA